AUGUCUACCCAGAAUACCAUCAUUUUGAAAUCACAGGACCACUGGGAGGAAUGGAAUGCCCAAUUUGAAGGAUUAGCUCGAGGCAAGAACAGGGAGAACGCUCCACCUGCUGGAAGCACUCGUUCACAAUCAGGAACGCCUGUUUCCUUUGCAGAUCAUCAAUUUGCUUGGACAAGAUAUAAAACACGUCUUGAUGUCUAUACCAGGCAGCAAUCCCAGCUAGAUAAGCUUCGGGAAUGGAUGCAGAAAAACAAUCUCUCCAUCAGUCUAUAA